GACAGGCGAGAAAGGAUCUCAAGAGGGGUUUUUGGUCCAAGGCUGAAUCCAACUCGGCUGCAACUUGCGGAGUUUUGGCUAACCGUUCUUCGAGCUAUUCCACAGUUUUUUCCGCAACGUGAGGUCAAGGCCUAUAUUGAGGCCCAUAGCUUAUUUUCCAGAGCUGCCACUUAUUUUUCUUCUUAAGGAAUGGCUGCAAAUGGGAAACUUUUGAGCUGGUCCGACGUAAAUGUGCCUAAACAACCGGAGGCUUUCCCUCUUUCUGAACACCCAAGAGUGGGCCGCAGUGACCUCAGAGGGUGGAUGACCCCUGCCGGCCACUCAUACACACCCAGCGGACUGCGCACAGUGUACGCUCAUGCCUCGCUGGACGUCACCCUGGACAAAUGCUCUGGAAAUGCCACUUCCGCAGUCCCUGCAGAAGCUGACGCAGGGAGAGAUAAAGAGCCCGGGGCCAAGCAACACCUGACCGGCCCCCAGAGGCACAGGCGAGUGGCCGCCAAUGCCAGAGAGAGGCGGCGCAUGCAUGGGCUGAACCGCGCUUUCGACAAACUCAGGAGUGUCAUUCCUUCACUGGAGAACGAAAAAAAGCUGUCCAAGUACGACACGCUGCAGAUGGCGCAGAUUUACAUUGCUGAGCUGUCCGAGCUGCUGGAGGGUGUGGUCAGGUCCGAAUGCAGGGGACAGAAAAGCCCCCAUCGGCCCUUCCAGGCCGAGCGGAUUGUAAGGACUUGCGUGACGGAGACCCCCUCUCCAGCUCCAGUGUGCUUUGCGCGGGACGCCAGUGUCUCGGAAGGACAUCUGCUUAUCCUGUCCACUCCUACUGCCCACUACAGUCCGGAAAAGACGAAUGAGGUCAUCGCCUUGUCCAGUGCCAGCGAUGGAGAGUCAUCCCACUUCAGUGACACCGAAGAAGGACAGUCCAGAGGCUGCUGACCUCCCAAAGAGGGGGGAAAACAUGACACUGGUACUGUGGUACAGGGGCACUCCAACACAACAUCAUCUUAUCUGUCUGUGUUUUAGUAGACAUUUAAAGGGACCAAAUAGAAGCAAGUAGCUGUUUAGUAGCCUCCUGGAUUACCCAUUAUUACCUGACACGACACACAGAAUGUUAUACCAUAACAAAGUUGCAUUUCCAUCUCUUUUCCAAGCCCUGUAGCUGCACUUUAUUGGCUGAACAGAGCCUGCAUUGUGAUUUGCAUAUACUUUUGAUUUCAUGAAGUCCACCAUGUACUUGCAUAUACUUUUGAUUUCAUAAUUCAAAAAAGUCCACCACAAAUGAAUCAACUGCUAUUUAUGGAUGUAAUUUG